AUGGGCUUCGGCUGCUUCAUCUUCGCGCUUAGCUUCGGUCCGCUUUUCCCGGUCGCACAGUACACCCUCCUCAACUCCAUGCUGACUUCGGUCGCAUGCUACAUUGCGAUCGCGCUGGUGUUCAUCACCUUCGCAUUCCCGGAGACGCUCAACCAUUCUUACCUAGCGUUUUCGGCGGAGCUCCUCGGCAAGUUCCAGGGUAUUCUAGCCAUGCAGGAAGAGGUGUUGCGGACUGACCCGCAUGACAUCGUCACCGGCACUCCCCUUGCCACAAAGACAGCCAUGGCGCGUACUGGGAUGAUCAUGCAGCUUCAGCAGCUGAUGGGCCAGAAACAAUUCCUCAACCUCGAGUUCAGCUGGGGCAGGUGGAACGGCGACGAUAUCAAGGACAUGCUUGAGCCGCUGCAGAUUGUUGCGACGCGCCUAGGUGCCCUGAACGGCUUCGCGAAAAUCAUGGGCCAUCCCCUCUCGCUCGCGGAUCACAAGCACGAAGAUACCGAGUCUGUGUCGGAGGCUCAGUCAGACGCCAGUGGCACCGCCGUAGACGACACCUUCCUCCUCCGCCAAUUCCGCGAGCGCAACCUGGCCGCCGAGGAGGAGCACGGUGUGCGCCUCAUCGACGUCCUCCCCAACAUCCGCGACGCAACCACCGAACUGCGCGCCGCGGGCGUCGCCACGCUCGCCUCGAUUCAAGCCCUCAUCGUCGCCGUGAACACGCACCGCUACAAGCGCGGCAACGCCCUCCAGAGCACGCGGCUCGCCGAGCUCGACACCUCGCUCACCGCGCUCCGCGCCGCAAUCGCAGACUUCAAGGCGGACCGCCGCUUCAUGCUCCUGCAGCCGUACCAGGCCGUGUUCGAGAAGCACGACGCGGGCGCGGUGAACCGGAUCCCGCUGCGGGCGCUCUACCAGUCGUACGUGUUCGCGUCGAACUUGACGGUCGUGUGCACGGGGAUCGUGCAGCUGGCGGAGCUGGCGAGCCAGACGGCGGCGAAGCGGACGCGCGCGCGGCUGUGGGCGCCGAAGGGGCUCAGGGCGAUCGUGAAGCUGCUGCGGACGCCGAACGGUCCAGGGGAGGGUGCGGUUGGUGAGGACGUGCAGCCGGAACAGGCGGAAGGUCGGGAUAUGGUAGUGUACAUUGUACGGUCCGAGCACAAAAUAUAUUUGGUGUCAUGGCCGACAGCGGGUGCCUGA